GCCGUCCGAAUGUGCCAGACAGACGGUGGCAGACGAGAGAGACAGGUAAACACCAGAAUUGAUGGAAUGUCUGUAAAACGACCUUGAGACUGAAGUAAAGGUCAAAGGCGCCACCAUGAGCCAGCUGAGUGAAGAUGACGUCAGCCAUUAUCUCCGCGAGCACCCGGACUAUCUCGCCCGCUGGUUCCUGCAAUCUGCCGACGACGAAACAUUAAAAGUUUUGGCGCGAAAGUUAAAACAGGACGCCGUGUCUAUCCAGUCAAAGCAUGGCCCCGCUCCUUCUACGCAUGGCCCCGCCCCUUCGGAGCAUGGCACCGCCCCUUCGGCGCAUGACCCCGCCCCGACGGCCCCAUGUCUAGUCAAACUUGAGGAAAGCUCUACGGGAUCAGUGGCGUCCUUGAACUCUCUAGAAGACAAGAAAAUCCAGCGGUACACCAGCUUCUCUAAGGUGGGCAGGAACUCCAUCACCAGCAUGAUCUUCAGGAAGUAUUUGGACGGGGACCGGACACGGCGGGCCAGCGUCAAGAAGGACCUGGAGGAUCUGCGCCGCAUGUCGGAGGAGGAGCUCUUCAUGGAGCUCAUCAGGGACAUCGCCAGUGAGCUGGACGUCAACGUCUUGUGCCACAAGAUCCUUCAGAACGUGAGUAUCCUGACCAACAGCGACAGGGGCAGCCUGUUCCUGGUGCGGGGCAGUAGAGACAACAAGUACCUGGUGUCCAAGCUCUUUGACGUCACUGAGUCCAGCACGCUGGAACAGUCCAUCCACACGGAGGCCAACGAGAUCGUCGUCCCUUUCGGUGUCGGCAUCGCUGGCAAUGUGGCCCUCACACGGGAGGCCAUCAACAUCAAGGACGUGUAUGCGGACCCCCGGUUUAACCAAGAGGUGGACAAGAAGACGGGCUACAGGACCCACAGCAUCCUGUCCAUGCCCAUCGUCAACUACGAGGGCGAGGUCAUCGGAGUGGCCCAGAUUAUCAACAAGAUCACAGGGGACCACGAGUUUACUAAACAAGAUGAAGAGAUAUUUGGCAAGUACCUGACCUUCUGUGGUAUAGGCAUUACUAACGCCCAGCUCUUUGAGAUGUCGGUUCAGGAGUUCAAGAGAAAUCAGCUUCUACUUCACCUGGCCCGCGGCAUCUUUGAGGAGCAGACCAACCUAGAGAGGCUGGUCCAGAAGAUCAUGACAGACGCCCAGGAGCUGCUCACGUGCCAGAAGUGUUUGGUCUACCUGCUGGAGGGCCCCUAUCAAAAGGACCAAGCCAUGGAGAUGUUGCAGACUGAGAGCAAACGUCCGGCCAGACCCAAGGAUAUGCAGGACGUGAACUUCUCUCGAGCCUACGAGCUGUAUGCCGGACAGUUCCUGUCCCCACCGGUCAACGAGCUGCAGGAGUCGUCGUCUGCACAGAUAGCCAGGUGUGCUGUCAUUGAUGGACAGACCGUGAAUAUCCCAGAUUUGUCUAAGGACGCCAGAUUUGGACAUCAUAAGACGUGCGCCAGUUUUGUGGAGAAAAGCAUCCUGUGCAUGCCCAUCCACAACAGCGACCGUGCCAUCAUCGGGGUCACUCAACUCAUCAACAAGGUCAACGGCCUGCCGUUUGAUGAGAACGAUGAGCACAUCAUUGAGGCCUUCUCCAUCUUCACUGGGCUGGGCAUCCACACGUGUCAGAUGUACGAGCAUGUCCUCCAGCUCAUGGCCAAACAGCGGGUGGCCCUCGAGGUCCUCUCCUACCACGCCACGGCCAGUCGGGAGGAGGCGCAGAGAAUCAUGGUUGCCCACAUCCCGACUGCGGAUGACUACCGACUGUAUAAUUAUGACUUCGAUGAUCUGCUGAUGUCGGACGAUGAAACCAUCAAAGCAACCAUCAGGAUGUUCAUCGACGCCAACCUCAUCACAGAGUUUAAAAUACCCUACGAGACGGUGUGCCGCUGGGUGUGUACCGUGAAAAAAAACUACCGCCCUGUCACCUACCACAACUGGAGACACGCAUUCAACGUUUGCCAGACUAUGUUCACCAUGCUCUUUACUGGCGGGCUCCGGCCCAAGUUUGAUGCUGUCGAUGUGUUCGCCCUAAUGGCGGCCUGCUUGUGUCACGAUCUGGACCACCGGGGGACCAACAAUGCCUUCCAAGUCAAAGUGGCCUCCCCGCUGGCAAUGUUGUAUAGUACAUCAGUACUGGAGCAUCACCACUUUGAUCAUUGUAUCAUGAUACUCAAUAGUGAGGGUAACAACAUCUUCCAGUCCUUCACACCUGACCAGUAUAGACGAGCCAUCCAAAUUCUGGAGCACGCCAUCUUGUCCACGGACCUUGCUCUCUAUUUCAAAAAACGGGGAGAAUUCAAGCAGCUAGUGGAGACUGGAGAAAGAAAGUUUGAAGAGGAGGACAAAAAAGAUUUGCUCAAGGCUAUGAUGAUGACGGCCUGUGAUGUGGCGGCCAUCACGAAACCCUGGGAGGUCCAGAAGAAAGUGGCCCAGCUAGUGACUGCUGAGUUCUUUGAACAGGGAGACAUUGAGAAGAGCAAGCUCGGGGAGAAACCCAUUCCUAUGAUGGAUCGUGAGAGGAAAGAUGAACUACCAAGGAUGCAGGUGGACUUCAUUGACUUUAUAUGCACACCAAUCUAUGAGCUAUUUGCUAAAGUUUCUGCGUCACUGAGUCCAUUGAAUGAUGGUUGUCUCAGCAAUAGGCAGCACUGGCAGGCACUACACACUCUUGCUACUUCAGGAGAAACAGACAAAGAAAAGCAAGUCCGAGGGGAACUUGUCCAGCAGGAGAAAAGUCAGGACGGCCCGGGUACAUCACCCCAACCAGACCUGAGCCAGCAGGCUCAUGGCUCCAGCUACACAAGCAAUAGACAAGCAGCUGCCAGCACCCCAAACCAGCCCAGUUCACUGAAGCAAGAAGCUGCCAAGUGUACACGGCCAGCAGAAGUUAGUGAGAAGAACAAACGUUUGUGUGGAGAGAAAGCUCUGGGAAGUCAUUUUUGUUGUAUCAGUUGAGGAACAACAAGGGCAUGUAGCUUUGAGAGAGAAUCAACAGUGUAAUCACUAGUCUGACAGACAAAAAAGCUGAAACAAUUUCUUGCAGAAAACAAAAUACACUAUGCUAGGCCCAGAUCUGGUUAAGGAAUAUAUUUUUCUCUAUUGUUUGGAUUGAAGGGGGGGAGGGGGGGGGUCGGUGCAGUGUCCCAUCCCCUCCCCCAAAUAGAUACCUGAAAGAAAGAUCUAUUGCCUACAAUUAUCUACAAACUACUUCAUUGAAUGUCAAUUUUUUUUUUAUAAAUAUUGUUAACCUC